AUAAAGAAGAAAUUUAAUUAUAAAGAAAUAAAAGAAAGGCCGUUCAAGAUGAGUACCGCUUUGGCCCAGCAGCUGCAGAAAUUAGCGGCUCCGCAGUCGUCCAUCACUUUGGUGGAUGCACGAAGUCGAGCCUCCUUGCUUUUCGAUCCCAAGGAGGCGGCUACCAAGGACCGAAAAUCCAUCUACGAGAUUGGGGUAGUGGGAUUGCAGGAGCUGACCGACUUCAACCCGGCCUUUAAGGAGUUCCAGCUGACGCUUUUUGAUGAGGCUACAUUAACAUUGGAGCGAUCCGUUGAGCUGCCUGAGGUCAACAAAAUGCUGGACGCAGCCAUCGGAAAAUUCCUGCGCCUUUUAUCGCCCUACCUCCUGUUGCGCCCUGCUCACUUGGCCUUCGAGUGGCUUUUGCGUCGAUUCCAGGUGCACGAGUACAACCGCAACGAGGUGAUGGCCCUAAUUCUGCCAUACCACGAGACCCCUACCUUCGUAAAGAUAUUAAAGACCAUGAGGCUCCGGUCAUCGGAUGCGGAUUGGUACUGGCUGCGACCGUUGCAGCGUCCUGCCGUCCCACUUGCUAAGACGGCCAUCAUCAACAGAGCUGCCAGCAAUCCUGCAUUCCUGGGCUUCAUUUGUCAGAACACCCAGAAGACGGUCAAGGAACUGGGUCCGAGGGCCCACCAACUGCAAGCCCAGAUCAACUUCUAUGCCACCGUCGUGGUGGGCGCCUUGCAGACGGCGAAACCUCUGCAAGAUUGGCAUAUAACAACGAUCUUGGAGUCCCUGCUGCGUGGUUUGGUUUCGGAUAACAUUGAUUUCAUGGCCGCUGCCUAUGUAAUCGUCGCCCAGCUCGUCUCCCGCACCAAGCUGAAAAGCAAGGUGUGCAACGCCCUCCUCGAACGCGUGGCCAAUUGCCCGUUCGAAAGGCUGCACAGCGAAUCCCUGCUUCUGCUCAUAUGCAUAUAUGGCAAACAGCAGGCCGCAGUGCCUCAAUUUAAGCCCGAAACCGUCCUCAAUCUGGUUGGCCAGAAGUGGCUCAUCUCGACUCUGGCCUCUCUGGCAAAAAGCAAUAUUGCCAUUCAGUCCAUUUGCAUGCCACUCAUCACGGGCUCUGUGGCCGCCAUUAGAGAGAAUGACGCUGCCUCCAACUCGUGCAAACAAUUCUUGGACAACCUUCUUUCGGAUGUGCCAAUGGCAGUGCCGACUGCCCAGCAAUUGAUUAAUUGCUUUCUGGAUACUUUCGUGGAAACAGAAAGCGAGGCACCAGAGCCAAUGGAAACCGAUGACGAUACCAUAGUAAUUGAUUCUGACGAUGAGACCGAAACGGAAAAGACCAGCUUUCAAACAUGGUUUUCCUCUUACCUCGAAAAGCUGGAGAGACGUUAUGCGGAAGCUUUUGAUUUGAGUGUUAAGGAAGCAUUAAGAACGAAAUCUGCUACAAGUAAUCGCAAAAAGGCCUUGAAGUUGGCCCUAGGAUUCCGUCUCAAUACCACCGAUGAGAAGGCAAAGCACGCAUACGAGAAGCUUUACCACUACAGCGCAGACUGGCGACUGGCUGCUGUUCAGCAACUGCUUAAAAACCUGAAGUCGUCUAAAAAACGAGAGAGAAGCUUAAAGCUACUUCAAGAGUGUCUGUCAGACAGGAUCAAUGAUGACAGUGGUUCUGUAGUGUCGGCUAUGCUUUCUUUAUCAACUGAAGAGCUUGCUGAGAUAUUAGGUUCUGUACCUCUAGCCCAAACCCUUUGCAGUCUACUAAACCGUGCUCAAUCUGAAAAGGAUGAAGAGUGGCGACCUGUGGUUUCGUUGGCUGUCCGCCACCUGACCUCAGACCUUGUAAGCGGCUAUUAUGACAAAAAUCUUGUCUUAUUGGCGCUGAUGCCGCUGCUGUUUCCUGGUGAGGCUCUGGCAGAGCAUGAGCAUACGGCUCUUCUUAUUCUGCUCACUAGUGAUUUCUCCUGCAAAGUUCCAUUUUUAUCUAAGCUAAAAGUGAGCCAGGAAUUCAGCGAUUUUAAAGCCAAUGAGCAUCGUCAGCAUUUUCUGGAUGUGAUAGCGAGCAGCAGUGAGGAGUUGCUAAGUCAAGAAAGGGCGCUUCUACAAAGCAUAGAAGAUCACGGAGGUGAAGCUUACAUACAGGAUGCCUCCCAGUUAACCCACCUGUUACUUCUGCUGACUGCUUAUGCCAAAAAAGAACUGCACCCACUGGAAAGCCUUCACAUGCUGGAAAAAAUUGUACUGUACGGUCGACGUAUGCAGUUUCGUGUAACUAACAGAAAUCGCAACUCUCAGAAUGUUGCCCCUGUCCAAUUGUAUGUGGAUUUUCUUUUGACUUUGGUUAAGAACACCAAAUGGACAAAUCUGUCUGCGACGCCUUGGAAUCAGUUGACUGAUGAACUUCGUCUUUGUCUGAGGCUGUUAGAAAUAAUUUGCGCACAAGUCUUUUCGGAACGGAUUGAUCUGCCAGAGCGUCAGGAAUGGACCCGAGCAUUACAGCAAAGCCUACAACUGAUUUUGCCUGAAGCCCAAGAAAGACUGGAUUUCCUCUCCAACUUCUACGUCUUCGAUCGAUUGCCGGAAUUGUGGCAUCGGGACUCCGACUAUGCCGUGUUCCGCCUGCAGGGUUUCUUGCUGCUGGAGGCGGUGCUGUCUAACCCAAAAUCGCAGCUGAAUUGUAGUCUUGUUCAUGUGUUGCGGGUGGCCAACGCCUGCGGAUCGCCUCUACAAACCCUACGAGUUCAGGCCGUUAACACGCUGGAAUUGAUUAGUAAUCGCAAACUAGUGUCCCAUGUGGAGCAAUUAGUGAGAUCGUUACUUCAGCGGAAGAGCGAACUGGGCAUGGACCAUGAACAGUAUGCCCUGAUUCUGUACACAAUUUUGGACCCAGAGAAGGCCACGGCUAAGGAAAAACUGGUCCUGUCCAAGCUAAAGAGAUCUAUUUUAGCAUUGGCCUGUGAUUCCGAGCAACCGCCCAUUUAUACCGCAGCUUUGCUUGCGGCUCUCAAGCACGUGAACGAAGAGCAUUUCUUAUCCGAUUUACUACCGCUGGGGCUUGAAUCCCUUAAGAAGAUCACUACGGGCGAUGGCACACAGCAUUUGAAACAGCUGCCGUGGCCACAUAGUGAAAUUUACAAGUCGGUAUUGGAAAAAUUCGAAGGACGUGUUGCGUUGAAUGUUUUGCUCCGGAAACCUCUGGCUUGGACGCUGUUCGAGGAGAGUUUCGCUCACGACGACACCUACGUUUUACUGGAACAGAAGCUCCAACCUCUUCCCUGCGUUCUUCUUAAUAGUCUAUCACCUGAGACGUUUGAGCAAAUGCAGCCCAACCACAAGCUAUCUCUCAUUAAGCUGAUUGUGAAGGCGGCUACCAACUCGGACAACGAUAGUAUUUUCCUGGCCAGUCAUCGAUUGUUGAAGCGCUGCCGCUUGGAAUGCCAGCCUCUCGUGCCUAUGCUGACGGAGACGGCAAGCACAAAGGUGCAGGAGAAAAAUCCCAAAAAACGACUCUCUGUAGCGGUCCAACAACUAGAUCUGACCAGCCCAUCCUGGAAGCAGGGAAUGACUCUUCUCGAGCUAUUGGAACAUAAGAAGCAGCUUGUUGGAGCUGAGUUGCUGAUUCCUUCGCUAUUCGAACUGCUUCAAGCCUGUCUAACGCUGGAAGAGCAGAGUGCUGCCGAAUAUCCCAAACAGCUAAUUCUCUCCAGUUUGCUACACUGUUGCCAAACGGCCCAGUCAGCUGGCGUGCAGCUUGUUAAGGCUCUGCCCGAAUCUUGCUUCCGCAUCGAACUGGUGGUGCAGUGCCUAAGGAAUACCCGCAAUCCACAGACCCAGCAGCACGCCCUACUUUUCCUGACGCACUGUGCCGGUAUGUAUCCGCAGCAGGUGUUACUCAAGAUCGUCGAGAUAUUUACCUUCGUGGGUUCCACGGUGGCCCGUCACGACGAUGCCUUCAGCUUACACAUUAUCCACAAUGUUGUUGAGUCAAUUAUUCCUAUCCUGCUGCUGAACACUGGACAUAGAGAGUUGGUUAUACCCGUGCUCAAGGUGUUUGCUGAUAUUUGCACGGAUGUGCCUAUACAUCGGAGAUUGCCUCUUUAUGCCACCCUCUUCCGCGUCUUAGAGCCCAAAGAACAUCUUUGGCAGUUCCUAUGCAUUGUAUUCGAGUCGCAAGUGAUUUUGGAGGUUUCCACAGACAAGUCGCGGCUGGACUUUGCUCGCGAACUUACUCUGAUGUUCGAAGAUCCAACCAUUGGCUUACAAACUAGCGUAUGUCUGUUGGAACACUUGGCCAAAUUGCCUGCAAGCAAAAGCGGUCUGAAGGAGAAUACCGAUACGUCAACUUUAUUAACGGAAGAACAAAUCUUUGAUGUGGAGACACACACGUUCAAGCAGUUGCGCCACUACAAGUACCUUAUCAUGGACUUCCUAUCUGGAAUCAGCAGCUGUAACGAAUGGCAGGCGAAAAUGAAACGGCCAGACCCGACAGAGUUAUUGCCCUACUAUCAGGACUUUAUCCUGAAGACACUCGCAUAUGUGGGCGUGAUUAAUGUAUCUUUGGAAGCAGCCACCGAAACGCCUUCUCUGGAGAAGUUCUGGCGGGUGUUGGCUAACCAUGCCCACGAUGUCUUGGAUAACGCCAUCGGUCUACUGGCACCGGAACAUUUUAUCAGCGUGAUCACCGAGCUACUGCAGCACGAUCAUGUAUAUGUGCGCAUUAAGGUCUUGGACCUGUUGGUGACCAAGUUAGGCCCUACAAGUGAUUAUUUCCAGCAGUCGUCAGCGGAACACUUUGGAGUUCUCUUCACUCCAUUACAGGAGAUAAUCAAUGGUAUUUUGGAAGGCGGUUCCAGCACUGCACUGCAGGCGAAGCUUCAACAGACUGCAUUGCAUGCUUUACAGCUCUUGGCCUUCCACCACGGGCGGGACUUUAUUGAGCAAUGCCGCUCCUUACUGGCUACACUGACCAAGAUCACCAAACGGAGAGCUAAUGUGCCCAAGGCAGUGUUAGGUAAUGUUGUACUGACCCUUGUCGAGAUUUGUGCAAGUCUCAAGGCCCACGCCCUAGCACAAUUACCCAAGUUUGCGCCCCAGCUUACGGAGUUGCUGAAGGAGCAGGUUCACCAAAUGGCCACUCUCAAGCAAGGACCAGACUACGUCUGUGUCACUUUGGUAACAUCUCUUUACAAGCUUUUUAAGGCUCUGCCGCUAUUCCUGGGACCCUAUUUGGUCGACAUCAUAGCGGGUCUGGCCCGUUUAUCGGUACAACUUGAGAGUCCACAAUUGAUGCAGGAUAAACGCACGCAGGCGCUAAAGCAGCGACUUGUUGAAGUUUGGGAGGCAGUCGCCCAAGGCGUGGAAGUCCGCAUCCUUGUUCCCAGUUGCGCAAAGACCUUCUCCAGUCUGUUAGAGCAGCAUGCUUAUGAUGAGUUGGGACAACUGAUGCAGCAGCUCCUGCUACAAAGCAUCAAACACAAUACAGCGGCACAAUUACAGGCAGUUCAGGAUCUCCUGAGCGAGCUGUUCCUGCAAGCCCUAGACUUCCGGCUGCAUGUUCGCGGACGCAGCUUGCAAAGGCAACUGGUUUCAGAUGUGGAGGCUUCCAUUGCCGAGACAUUCGUUACAUGGAUCCUAAAGCUAUCCGAGACCAGUUUCCGUCCCAUGUACGCUCGAGUUCACAAGUGGGCGCUGGAGAGCAACUCAAAGGAAACUCGUCUUACCUACUUCCUGCUGACCAACCGGAUCGCCGAAGCUCUAAAGUCAUUGUUUGUACUAUUCGCGAGUGAAUUUGUCGAAGACUCGUCUCGAUUGCUGGCAGAGCACAAUUCUACUCGACCGGAGUUCGAAGUCGGAGAUCCGGAAGAUGAUGUGGAGCUGUUAACGGCAAUACUGAACACUCUACAUCAUGUCUUCUUGUAUUGCAGUGAAGACUUCAUCAACGAGCAUCGCUUUAACGCGGUGAUGUCACCACUGGUUAAUCAAUUGGAGAACCAAGUGGUACUGGAAAAUGAACCGCUCCAGCAAGUUCUUAGCAAUACUAUCGCUCAGUUAGCGGUGGCCACCAACGAUGUGAUGUGGAAGCAGCUAAAUAGCCAAGUGCUCCUUAAGACCCGCACUCCUACGCCCGAAGUAAGAAUCCUGGCAUUCAACAGCUGCGUAGCCAUUGCACGCAAGCUUGGUGAAAGUUAUGCUCCCUUAUUGCCGGAAACGGUUCCCUUCAUUGCUGAACUGCUGGAGGACGAGCACCAGCGCGUGGAGAAGAACACUCGGAGUGCGGUACAGGAGCUGGAAACCAUUCUAGGCGAGCCUGUGCAAAAAUAUCUUUAACAAUGUAAAUGAGAAGGUUUUUUUCAACUGUGAAAUGUUAAUAAUAUAUUCUUAUAUGGAAA